AUGUCGAGGCCUCAACUGGUUGCACGGCCGAUAGUGCGGUCGUUGCGGCAAGCAACCGGCAGCACAGCGGCAACAUGUCCGUCACGACCACUUGCCCUCCGCCCGUUCUCGUCAACACCGAGCCGAAAAGAUGAGACGACAACCACCACCGGCACACCGACGGAGCCCAGCCCCGAUGCGCAGAAGCUCGCCGCUGAAGCAGCACUUCUAGGCCAAAAGAAGCCGCCGCCAUACCCCUCGAUGAUCAAGCAGGGCACCGAGGACCAGCUGGCCCAGCUCAUGUCCCCCCACCUUGGUUCGAGGAGGAGACGUGCUGCCCUCGCCACGACAGGCACCAUCCCCUUCGAGCAACUACCCUACCAAUGUUUCCAGGAGGCGCGCAAGAUCCUAGCUCAGGACCGUGAAGAAAAGGUGGCCAAGAUUGUUGCCGAGACAGCAAAGAUCAAGCGACUGGAAGCGGCCGAUGCUAGCACCUUCCGAGGCGGGGAGGCCUACAAGCAAAAGCGGUUAGAAAGUCUGAGGGCUCAUGUUGAGAAGCUCAAGAUUCUAGCGGAUAUCAACGAUCCGCUAGUGAAGAGGCGCUUCGAGGACGGCCAGGGCGACAUGAACAAGCCCAUCUACCGGUACCUUGCCCACCGUAAAUGGAGCGGCAUGGAACGCAAUAUCAUCUUGCAGCGUAUCGAACAGUUUCACAUCGUGCCCGAUCUCCUCCCCAAAUUCCAGCCGACCAUGGAUGUCAAGAUGACCUUCCGCGGCUACAAGACACCUCCCGGUGCCACCCUGAACAGCCGCAUCACGGAGAUCCCCCCGACACUGCGCAUGCAAGUUUUCGAGAAGGGCGAACGCCUAUUUUCUGUCGUGGUCCUAGAUGCCGACGUACCAGAUGCCGAGACCGAUUCGUUCAAGAAGCGCCUGCACUUCCUGGCCACCAACAUCCCCUGGAGCCCAACCAGGGACUCCCUCUUCCUGAACCGGCUCGGCACCGCGGCCGCGGCUUCCCAGCCCGAGCUCGGCACGCUCGCCGUCCCCUGGCUGCCGCCGUUCGCGCAAAAGGGCGCCCCAUACCACCGCCUGACCGUCUUCAUCUUGGAGCACAAGGACAACUUGCCGCUCGACGCGGCCAAGCUCAAGGAGAUGUACGACGGCCAGGGGCGCGACGGGUUCAGUCUCAAGAGCUUCCGCGACAAGUUCAGCGUGACCCCCGUCGGGUUCACCAUGUUCCGGUCCGAGUGGGACGAGAACACGGCCGACGUCAUGGCGCGCCACGGCAUCCCCGGCGCCGACGUCGAGUUCAAGCGCCAGCGCGUCAUGUCGCUCAAGCCGCCCCGCAAGGCCCGCGGCUGGGAAGCCAGGCGCCAGGGCCCCAAGUACCGCCACCUUUGGAAGUACACCAAGCGGAUCAAGGGCGUCAAGUUCUAG